CAAAUCCCAAACAUUCAUCUCGUUUUCCUAUUUUUCUAUUUACACCUUCUUUUUUCAUUUUGCGUUUAUAUUUCAUACACAUAUUAUUAUUAUUAUUAUUAUUAUUAUCAUCAUCAUCAUCAUUUUUAACUGUACCUUCAAUGUCGCGUCCUUACUUUCGCCAAACCAGCAGUAUGCCAAAUAUACAGUCGUCCAGUUCCUCAACCACAUCAAACUCGCCACUAAGCAUAUCCCACGCAAGGAUAUCGAUGGACACCGAAACCGGCAGCAACACCAAUGGUAGCACCAGAAGCAGAAGCAACAGCAGAAGCAACAGCAGAAGCAGCAGCGACCAAACAGAACCCACCACAGUCAGCACUCUACUGAACAGCCCCAACGACUACUUCAGCUCUGGAGACAGCGCAAAGCGGCGCACCCCAUCACUUAUGAAAAGCCUUCUGAGCCGGUUUGCAAAUCUCUGGCGCCGCUCCCCAGGCGAACAAGACACACCCUAUCUCACAAUGCUCCUUCUCCGACUAACCUUCUCCCACCCAUCCCUGCAUUUGCUCCGGCACCCGCGCACCCUAGCGUUCCUCGGCGCCCUAGCCAUCUGCCUUCCAGCCAUCGGCUGCGCGGUAAUCGAGAAAGUCAUAGUCUCAGAUGAUCUUGAUUUCCACUUUCCCUUCUUCUCGCUGAUCCUUAUCCACCUCGGCGCAUCCCUUGUUUUGGAAAUAUCCAGCGGUCGGUGGAUGUUGUUUGAGCGCGCCGGCGUUGUGAGGACUGCGCGGAUGGUGCCUUUGGCCUUGGUUUAUGUGCUGGCACUUGUAGCUGCGCACUAUGGGCGGGCUUGGGAUUCGGUGCAUGGUACUUUUUCGGUUGUUCAGGCGCUUAUGCCUUUGGCCGUGGUGUCUGGCGCAAUGGCUGGCGCGGUGCUUGGCCGGAAGAGCACCCGCGGAUUCGACCAGUUCGGCGCCACAUCCCUGGCUGCUGCCCUUUCUUGGCCGCAGGCGGCAUUGGAGAGGCUCACCAAUAACGUUAGCGGCAGCGAUGCUUCCGGCAACAACAGCGGCAGCAGCAGCGGGUGGCUGACGCCAGAGAAUAGGCUUGAGGAGGACGAGUUUUCGGCCACUGCCAGUGGGUACGCCAGUGGGAUGAGCAGCAGCUCGAGCAGCUUGAGCACGGCGAUCAGCCAUCCUUUGGGCAGCAACCGUCUGAGCAACAAAGCUGCAGAGACCAAUAAUGCCUUUGGCCGUUGGCUCGCCCUCCCCGCCUGUAUCUCCACCGCCCUGGCCAUCUGGUCCCCGGCCUUCUCCAUGGUAGCCUACACGAACAUUAUAUCCAGCGGCGGUAACCAUUGGGUGCGACUCCUCAUUGGUCUCCUGCUUGCGCUCGCUACAUUAGUCUUGUCCGCUGGGUUUUUCUUGGCUGUCGACCAGCAUUUAGCCCAGCACCCGACGCUUUCUGCCGCAUCCUUUAUGCGUCAUUUCGCAUCCAUAGUCACUGUUAUGCUUUUGAUAUUGUGGCCGCUUGUGGAGCGUCCCUUGGAUGUUCUGGAUGCUGCGUCACCCAAAGCUCUGGGUAUUUCCGUCGCUGUUGCAAUGCUCGGUGCCUUGACCUUGAUGGCCAAGGUGGCGAUGGUCAGGGUUGGUGUGAGCGACGGUGUCGUGGGCGUGGCUAUGAUUGGACUGAUUAAACCUGUGGUUUGCUUGGCUGUUGGAUGGUGGAUAUACGGAUAUCGGUAUAGUUCAUUGCAACUUGCUGGGUUUGUCCUGGCUACUGCCUGCUUGACUGCUUGGUCACUGCUGAGGCUGUUUAGGGCUUCUUGCACACCCCUUGUUGUUGUUCCCUUGAGAACUGCUAUUGGUGCUCGGAGAAGACCACGCAAGUAUAGUGCUAACAUUAUUUAAAAAAUUUUAUCUUCCCCCUUCCUCUUUUUUUUUACGUCUCUUUUUCAACUAUUUAGAAUUUUUUUACAAAUCAUACAAAACACAAACACGAACGCACACACACACACCAUUGCGUCGUUUUCUUUAUAUAAGUUAAUAAAAGAAAAGACUAAAUGAAAAA